AAGACACCCUGGCUGAUAUAGUCAAACACUAUGAGGAGAAUGGCGCAAGACCACGUUUGAGGAAGAAGCACUCACUGCCACGUCCGCCAGCCAGGUUCAUCAGGCCUGAGGAUAUCAACAGAGUUGUGGACUACUAUGCAGAAGACAAUGCCAUCAUGCUGCCUGGCCGACAGCCUGGGCAUAAGGAUUGGCAUGUGAAGUUGCUGCCAACUCAUGUGUCCAAGGCCUCAGUGUGGCGUCUCUACGUGAAGUCUGCUAAGGAGCUUGGUGAGCGUGCAGUUUGUAAAACCAGCUUCAAAGCACUGUGGGACUGACUUCUCCCACACAUCAAAAGUUGCCGGCCACGCACAGAUCUCUGCUGGCAGUGCCAAAGCAAUAAUGAGCAGCUGAUACGAAGUGCAAACCUCCCAGAUGACAGAAAGUCUGAAGCAGUAAAGAAGCAACAAGAUCAUCUUUCCCUUGUGCAGAAAGAGAGGGCUGUGUACAACGACAUGACUGCUGCCUGCAAAAAGAUUUGCUCUGGCUCUAACCUGUCUUUUGGACCGUCCCUACCAGCAAGCAAGAAGAUUAGGAUGCAUUACAGUUUUGAUUUUGCUCAGCAGUUACACUUUCCCUCAAACCCUCUCCAGCCAGGACCAAUGUACUUCCUGACCCCACGGAAAUGUGGCCUAUUUGGUGUUUCCUGUGAAGGGCUGCAGAAACAGGUGAAUUACCUGAUUGAUGAAGGCAUGUCAUCUACUAAGGGAAGCAAUGAAGUCAUCAGCUACAUGCAUCAUUUCUUCGGCAACUUUGGAGUUGGAGAAACAGAGGUGGAUCUUCAUUGUGACAACUGUAGUGGGCAGAACAAGAACAACUUCAUGCUCUGGUACCUUGCCUGGCGGGUUGGACACAAGCUUCACGAUAAAAUUGAAAUCCACUUCCUUAUUGCUGGCCACACCAAGUUUUCCCCUGACUGUGGCUUUGGACUCAUCAAGCAAGCCUACAUGAAGACAAGAGUCAACACUUUGGCAGACAUCGCUGAGGUUGUGGAAAACAGCUCUCCUGUGAGUCACCUCAAUAUCCCACAGCUUGUUGGAACGGCAGAGGGCAAAGUUUUAGUCCAGACCUUCUAAUGGCAGCAGCAUCUGACUCACCACUUCCGUAGACUCCCACAGAUCAAGAGUUAUCAGCACUUCAGCUUUGAUGCCAAGAGACCAGGUGUGGUGCUUGCAAAAACUCACUGUGAUGCACAACCUGUCGAAUAUUAGCUACUGUGCGACGGAGCAGAUCUGCCCUCUAUCGACGGUCUUUCUGUCCUGGCCCCACCUGGACUGAACAUUGACAGGCAGACCUAUCUGUAUGAAAAAAUCAGGCCAUUCUGUGCUGACGAGGCAAGAUACAUCACAUGCCCAGCGCCAAGGGUCACAACACAGAAGAGACCGCGAAUGUAAUAUCAUUGGACUGUGUCACAAAGACCUUUGUCUUAUGCUGCUAUUACCAAGUAAAAGUGGUACUUUUGGUACAUACUUGGAUUCAUACUCAUGCCCUGGAAAGUUUUUGAAAAUAAACAUACAUAGAUAC